CCUUCUUCUCAGUUCUCACCCACCCAAACACCGCCGCUGAAACCUCCGGUUCUCAGCACACAGCGACCUGCUCAACCGUCUCCACUAGCGCUCGGCCAAGAUGGACGUCGCCGACGCCGCCUCCCCGUCUGGCCAGGACCAGCAGGGGCACAGGACGGUGUCGUCUGAGCCGCCGAAGCGCCCCGCGGGGCGGACCAAGGUCCAUGAGACGCGCCACCCGCUGUACCGCGGCGUGCGGCAGCGGGGACGGGUCGGGCAGUGGGUGUGCGAGGUGCGCGUGCCUGGGGUGAAGGGCUCCAGGCUCUGGCUCGGCACCUUCACCACCGCCGAGAUGGCGGCGCGCGCGCACGACGCCGCCGUGCUCGCGCUCUCCGGCCGCGCUGCCUGCCUCAACUUCGCCGACUCCGCAUGGCGCAUGCUGCCCGUCCUCGCGCCCGGGUCGUUCGGCUUCGGCAGCGCGCGCGAGAUCAAGGCCGCCGUCGCCGUCGCCGUCGUGGCGUUCAAGAAGCAGCAGAUUAUCCCAGUGGCCGUCGCCGUCGUGGCGCUACAGAAGCAGCAGAUUAUCCCAGUGGCCGUCGCCGUCGUGGCGCUCCAGAAGCAGCAGAUUCCAGUCGCCGUCGCCCUCGUGGCGCUCCAGGAAAAGCAGAUCCCAGUCGCCGUCGCCGUCGUGGCGCUCCAUCGGCAGCAGGUUCCAGUCGACGACCCGGCAACCUCCGGCCCGGGCAGCGCUCUGUUUUACAUGUCCUCCAGCGACUUGUUGGAGCUCGACGAGGAGCAGUGGUUUGGCGGCAUGGACGCCGGGUCGUACUACGCGAGCUUGGCGCAGGGGAUGCUCGUGGCACCGCCGGACGAAAGAGCGAGGCCGGAGGACGGCGAGCAGAGCGGCGUCCAGACGCCGCUAUGGAGCCAGAGCCACUUGUUCAACUAAUUUAGCAGUGUAAAGUUGUACCAUAGUCCAUAGAUAGUUGUGUUCUUUUCAAUUUGGAGAGAAACACAGUAGCAUCUUGUUCCUUCGUUGUACUAUAAGCUCCCGGUUUGAGUGUUUGUGAGGAAGGGGAUUGCAUAUUACACCAAUUAUUGGUCA